UCGUGCUGUCGAGCACUUUCGAUGGAUGUAGCGGGCAGAAAGAUGCUGUGUCGCUCCCUGGCACUAUAUUUAGCAGCCAGACCUGCUAACCCAGGGCUGCAUCUCGGCCUCGCACGCUGCAGUAUUCACCCUCCCCGAUGUCGGGGUUCCGCGACACUGCUGCAGAAGGCAGACCCACUUAUUCAACGCUACAGAACUCGACUAGCUAAUUCGUUUGCCGUCUGCACAUGCAGCGUCGCUCGGCUCCCCCUAAAUCGCUCGCUCAAUAGGCUACUCUCUUUCAGUGGAGGUUAUAAAGAAGACGAUAGAGGAGGAGGUAGUGAAGGAGGCGUGGUAAUGGUUCUGGGAGCUGGGCUGCUGCUCUGUGCGGCUGGAAUUGAAGAUAGGGAGAGAGAGUUUGUGAUAGCUGCAAAGGAUGGAGACCUUGAUGCACUACAAAGACUAAUGGAAGGAGGUGUGGAUGUGAAUAGUCGGCAUCCUCUGGGCUGGAAUGCCGUCCACUCUGCAGUCAUCAACAGGCAACACGGAGUGGUUGAGUUCCUACUGCGCAAAGGUGCAGAUGUCAAUGCAGAGGAUGAGUUUUCAAGUGCACGGCGCAUGGCCAGUAGACUGCGCAUCUCUCCUGCCAGAGUGGCCGCAGUGAGGGAUCAUGAGUUCAGCUCUUACAUCAACCACUUCGUCAGCUAUUCCGGAUUCACUCCUCUGCACUAUGCAGUCAUUAGCGAUGACAUCGCCAUAAUUCGUCUCCUACUGAGCCACGGAGCUGACCCUACUGUGGAGGACAGGAGGGGGUUGACCCCUGUUGAUUAUUGCACUAAUGAGGAUGUUAGGAUACUGCUUAAAGAUCACGCAGCGCAAGUGGAGUCUCGGAGGCUGGAGGCCCAGUUGGAGGAGAGAAAGAGGUUCCCUCUGGAGCAGAGACUAAGAGAGAGAAUAGUUGGUCAGGAUGGUGCCAUCACUACCACUGCUGCUGCUAUUAGAAGGCGAGAGUUGGGCUGGGCUGACGAUGAUCAUCCACUGGUAUUUCUCUUUCUUGGGUCCUCGGGAAUUGGUAAAACGGAAUUGGCCAAGCAGAUUGCUCACUACAUGCACAAAGACAAUUCAAAAGGAUUCAUCAGAUUGGAUAUGUCAGAGUAUCAAGAGAAACAUGAAGUUGCGAAGUUGAUAGGGUCUCCUCCAGGCUACGUGGGUCACGACCAGGGAGGUCAGCUGACCGAGAGACUCAGAGAGUGUCCUGCUGCUGUGGUCUUGUUUGACGAAGUGGACAAGGCCCAUCCAGACGUCCUCACCACCCUCCUACAGCUCUUUGAUGAGGGACGUCUCACUGACGGUCAGGGUAAGACCGUACACUGCAAACAGGCCAUAUUCGUGAUGACCUCCAACCUGGCGAGUGAUGAGAUUGCCAGCCACGCACUACAACUGAGACGAGAGGCAGCUCAGGCAGCUCAGGACUAUCACCACAGCCAGACUGAGCCGGAAGAACACAUUGAGAUAUCCAGAGAUUUCAAGGAACGAGUAGUGGAGCCCAUUCUAAAGAGUCACUUCAAAAGAGAUGAGUUUCUCGGCCGUAUCAAUGAGAUGGUCUACUUUCUGCCGUUCUCUCGGUCAGAGCUGAACCAACUGGUGGAAAAGGAGCUCAGGACAUGGCAGACCAGGGUAGGCAGACUGGGGGCACAGCGUCACUCUGUCUGUCUGUUGGCAUCAGGCCGAGAAGAGGCAUUCAAUCCAGCUCUCCUGGGACAGAGAAGUUCUGGAUAUACUAGCCGAUGGAUACAACGUCAAGUAUGGGGCUAGAUCCAUUCAACACGAGGUGGAGAGACGUGUGGUGAAUCAACUUGCUUCGGCGUUUGAGCAGGGUAUGAUCACUAGAGGCAGUUGCGUGAGGUUGGCAGCAGGAGGAGGGGAGGGGGACGGAGUCAGUGUCAAGCUGGUGGUGACGGAGAAAGACUCAACUACAGGGAGAAAAGUUGAUGUGGGACCAGUCCUCUUCCCACUGAGUACUCUAUAUAUAGUGUAGUGAAAAACUUAGGACAAGCGGGUUGGGUUCAAAAUAAUUGACACAAGUAUGUAUUAUGUAUGGCCUGCGCGGACUAUGCCUUUCAUCAUCUCUUUCUCAACUGUGACUGAGUCUGACUUCCAACUAAUCUCAAUAAUGCGUAUAUGAACGAAGUAGUUACUUCAGGGCUACGUCAUUGGGUACUACACAUGGGUAAUUUCUGCUCCAGGGUAGAAUGCACUCGAAGCAUGCAAGAGUCUGUGUUACUGUGAACCUGCCCUUAAUAGUUCAAAUGUUCAGUAGAUUCAAAUAUUGUUUGAUGAAUAAAAUCACAAAAUCCAUUGCGAGGGUUCUAUAACAAUGAUGCAUAUUGAGAUACCCAUAAUUGCAAUUAGUUAGUACAAAAAAGAAGUGGGUUAAUUGGUUGGCAACGUUCUGCCUCAGUGUGUGUUGGGAGGUUGUGCUGUCUGUGGAGUCUGCUGAGAAGAUGGCGGAGAUGAGUCAUGUGUCGUGGCAGACCCACUUGUUGAUGGAGGCUGCUGCAUUGGACCAGAUCUUGCACCUGGUGGCAGAAACGAAGGGGCAGUAGCCCCCGGCCAAUACGAUGGGUAUUGCAUUGUGUUUAGUCUGGGAAGAGAGGGGUUAGGAUUGGCACCAGUUGUACCGUACGUUCUCAAGUGGUAGAGAUAUGGGAGGACGAGAGGGUUGAUUCCGCCGUAGUGUGAGGAUGGCGACUGCUGGAGCAGGGACAUGUACUGGAGCAUGGCUGCCUGUGGCUGGGCAAAGUUGGGGAGUGUUGCCAUCUGCGAGAGUGGGGGGAGGGGUACGCUCGACCCACCUGCUACUGUGGCUGCUAAGGUGGAGGAGGGGGUGAGGGAAAAGGUGGAAGCAGGCUGGGGUGGGGGAACGGGGGUUGCAGAGAGAGCGGUGGAGAUGGGCUGAGUCUGGGGAAGAGAGGGGGCUGUAGACAAUGGUGGAGGUAGCUGGCUGUGUGAGGUAGGUGGGAGAGGUUCUACAGAGGAAGUGGAGGUGGAGAAAGGGAAGCGCGCCAACUGCGCAGAUAGUGGAGCGAGACUAGCAGAGGUGUGUGGAGCAAGGUAGGCAAGGUGCGGCGGAAGAGGCUGCAGUGUACUGUAGGGUGCAGUAACAGGAGGAACCAGUGAGGGGGUGGGCUUCAAUUGGGAAGGUAACUGAGGUGGCAGGGAAGGCAUGAAUUCUGGGAGGACAGGAUUAGACGUGGCGGGGUUUAUCUGGUGACUGGGUUGGAUUGGGGGAAAUCCUGGUGUUGCAGUCACGUCAAUGGGUAGAUCCUCUGUCUCUCCCACUGAAACAACAGGAGGAGGACUAAGUUUGGGCUGGUGGACAGCAGCUUCUGGUGCUGUUUGUAGUGGCGUAGCAACUGCAGUUUGUCUGGUAGGCUCAGGGGAAGGAGUAAGGAUGUCCUGGUGCAGCUUGGAUCGCGUGAGUUGCGCAAUAGGGAGCGAGACAAUGAGAGGACUGGCUCGAAAUUGCCUUGGUGACAGCUCAUCGGUCACAUUGAUCUCAGGUGAAGUCUGCUCAUCUCUGAGACGUGGCGAGGAACCUGGCGUGUGUUCUUUCGACGAUCCCUUGGCCUUAGAGCUGUUUCUGGUGACCGGUCCCCUCUCUGGUUCUUCCUCACUCGAUUCGCUCUCGUCAAACUCCUCUACGUCUGAAGCCUCGUGUAGCAGUCCCAGCGGAGCCUUCUCUGCCUCAGACUGGAUGCACGCCUGUGCACCACGCGUGUUGUACCUCUCUCUUCCUUGUGGUUCCUUCGCAAUCUUCUCCUCAGUAGGGGCGUCGGUGGACAAGGCAGGUUUUGUGGGGGUUUCGGCGGAAGAGGAUUCUGAACUGCUGUCAGAGUUUUCCGAGUCGCUCCCGGAGCUUUCGGAGUCAGAUUCGGAGUACUCCAAUCUCGCUGGAGGCCGGAGUCUCUCGGGGGAGACUAGUA